CAACAAAUUCAAUAAUAUUAGAUGUGUCAAACCAAAUUCAUAUUGUUGCUCACACAAAAGACACUAACAGCAUUAAACAAAUUCUGGAGCUGCAUUCAAAAGUAAUUUUAUAAAAUUAACAUAGUGUGUAUAUACGAAUCAAAUGCAACCAGAAACUGCAAUGCCGUCCUCUAAGCUAAAUUACCAAUGGAACCGCCGGCGGUAUCUGCUUCACCAUGGUGGUGACUUUUCCGAUGAGGAGGAGGAUCCCAGGCUAAUGGGCAUCCUGCGGAGAACCAGCUGCCAGCGUUAUCGUGAACGACUGCGUUCGAACCGCCUAUCACAGCUCCUCCAUGGACUUUCCAUCGUGAUGACGGUAGCACUGGGGGUUGUCCUGAUAUUCUUCCUCGGAAUGAAGAUGUCCACCGAGCAGAUGGAUUAUCCCGAACCACGUGGGGAAGACCUUUGGUUGGGUUUCCUUAGACUGCUUGGCUUGGAGCAGGAGGAUUACCUCUCAGGAGACUUGUAUAUGCAUAAUAAAAAUACUUUCUGCAGUCCCGAGGCUCUGGACUUGGGGGGGAUCUUUCGGUAUAUGGGCAGGGUGGUCCUGAAUCAGGAGCAGGCACUGGCUCGCAUGGAGAAGGCGCUGAGCGGUUCGGGUCGUUUCCGGUCGGUGGCUCUACUAGGACCUCCGGGCGUGGGAAAGACUUUGGCGACAGAUACACUACGCCAGUGUUUUCCCUGGCCGAGAAAUGCUCACUCCUACUCCUGGAGCACCCAAGUGCCGGAUGAAUCGAGUAAAUUCCGACUGAUCCGGCAGUUUGCCGAUGGACUUUCCGAGUGCGGUGUGAAUCUGCUGAUCAUCGACAAUCUGACGACCUGUGAUCACGGACUGGUGCCCAUCUACAAUCGAUUGCUAUUGGAACGGGAGGGCGAACCAAAAGGGAAUCAAACGGUCCUGGUCAUUUACGUCUUCAAUCUGGAAACAAAUCUGUACUGGGAGCAGUUCGAGUUGCUGCAGGAACUGCCAGCGGAGACGACAAUCGUAAACUUUCGGUUCUUCAAUGAGUAUGAUCUUCUGGAUUGUCUGGCCAGUGAGCUAAAGAAUGAGCGCCGUAUUCUCACCAGCAAGAAGGAGUCCUUUGUCCUUCAGGAAGCUAUGAAGACCGUCCACAGUUCAGGAUGCAAGCGCCUGCGAUUGCUGAUACUACAAAAUGGAACAAACGCAUAAAAUUGAUAUCGUGUAUGCAUCUCAUCUCUCAACCAGCGACAUUAAUACAUUUGUUUAUAAAAAAUAUU